AUGCAUCGCAGCCACAACAACAGCAGCAACAGCAACCACCACCACAACAGCAGCAGCAAAAACAACAACAACAUCAUCAUCAGCACAAUCAUCAUCAUCAUCAUCAUUGCCAUCAACAUCAACAUUGUCAUCAACAACAGCCAUCGCAACAACAGCAACAGCAACAGCAACAGCAACAACAGCAUCAACGAGCUGCCCAGUUUUGGGCGUGUUCAUCUGGUUCAAUCGCGACACAACCAACGAUUCUAUGCGAUAAAGGUGCUCAAGAAAGAGCAAGUUGUGAGAAUGAAGCAAGUCGAGCAUACAAAUGAUGAGCGAAGGAUGUUGCAGCGGGUUAAGCAUCCCUUUCUUAUCACACUGUGGGGCACCUUUCAGGAUGCCAAUAAUCUAUAUAUGGUUAUGGACUUCGUGGAGGGCGGAGAGUUGUUUAGUUUACUGAGGAAGUCACAGCGAUUUCCCAACCCCGUUGCGAAAUUCUAUGCUGCUGAGGUUACCCUUGCGUUGGAAUAUCUGCAUGAUCAUCACAUUAUAUAUCGAGAUUUGAAGCCGGAGAACCUUCUCCUCGAUCGGCACGGCCACUUGAAAAUCACAGAUUUUGGAUUCGCCAAGGAAGUCAAAGAUAUUACAUGGACCUUGUGCGGGACACCUGAUUAUCUUGCGCCGGAGGUGGUAUCAUCAAAAGGAUACAAUAUGUCUGUUGACUGGUGGUCCCUUGGCAUCCUCAUAUUCGAAAUGCUCUGCGGUUUCACUCCGUUCUGGGACGGUGGCUCCCCAAUGAACAUCUACGAAAACAUCACCAAAUGCCGCGUCAAAUACCCGCCUUACAUGCACCCGGACGCUCAGGACCUUCUCUCCCAACUGAUCACGCCAGAUCUUACGGUACGACUGGGGAACUUGCAUGGCGGCUCGCAAGACGUGAAGAACCAUCCGUGGUUUGCGGAAGUGACGUGGGAUCGAUUAGCGAGGAAGGAUAUUGAUGCGCCCUAUAUACCACCUGUGAAGGGAGGGCAGGGCGAUGCAAGCCAGUUUGAUAUGUAUCCCGAGGAAACAGAGGCGUAUGGGGCUGAAGGGGAUGAUCCAUAUGGUCAUUUUUUUUGGGACUUUUAA